AGAGAGAGAGAGAGUGCUGUGGAGUGUUACAUAAGUGCCACAGCCAAGGAUAGGAAGUGAGUGUAUUUUUUCUUUUAAACUUUUAGCUUUCUUUAACAGUCUGAAGUAAUGGCCCAAGUAAAAGUGCAGCUGUUCUUGCUGAUCGUCCUGGCAAUAGGCAUAACAGCUCCAGUGGCUGAGGGUUGUAGCUGUAUUUACGCACAUUUACAAGAUCUAUUCUGCAAUUCUCCAUUAGUAUUUCGUGCUAAGAUAAUUGAGCAGAAGAUUGCACCUCCAAGCUACCGCUUUCAUGGGGAAGAGAUGAUUGAGUACAAAAUUAAAUUAAUCAAGAUGUUCAAAGGCUUUAACCAAGUUGAUAGUAUUCAGUACAUCUAUACCUCAGUGGAGGAAUCUUUGUGUGGUGUUUACCUGGAUGCCAAAAACAAGGUCCAAUAUUUGCUUUCAGGAAAUCUGUGGCAUGAUGGAAAAGUGCUAGUCGAACUAUGUGGCAUUACUAGGCGUUGGAAAUCUAUGUUGUUGGCUCAGAAAAAGAAACUCAAGUACAGAUACCAAAAAGGAUGCGAGUGCAAAAUUUCCACCUGUUACAAAUCCAACUGCCAUUCCAAGUCUGAAAAUGAAUGUGCAUGGUAUCCGUACAGCAAGCAAACUCUCCAUGGUGUAUGCCUCAGACGGACCAACGGCACAUGCAACUGGCACAUAGACAGCGCUCGCUCCCAUACACGGCACAAUGUUGGACAAAACCUUGUAGAGGUCAAAAAAUCUCGUGCCAACAGAAACAAUACAAUGAGGGUUGACUCACAGGAAUUGAAUUUGUAAGAUAAGUUACAAGCACUAAUCUCCUGCACUCAUCCUGAUCAUAAGCAUUCAUAACUCGUAAUACUUGGCUAAGGGAGAUUCUUCUAAAUUUGCCCAAAUGUGACUCUUCAUUUAAGCAGAAUAUGAUAAUUCAUCCAGCUGAAAUUUAAUAAAUUACCCUUUAAAGCUCCAAGACAACAUAACUAUAAACCUCAGGAGCAGAUAACUCGAGAACUUACUCACAAGCCAUUACAAACAAAACAUUUUCCUUACCUGUUUAAAGGUGACAGCAGGAAAAAUAGAAUGCUUAAUAUUUACAGAUAUAUGCCAGAAAUUAUAAAAAAUAUAAUAAUACAAUUAUAUACAUAUACAAUUAUAUACAUAUACAAUUAUAUAUAUAUAUAUAUAUAUAUAUAUAUAUAUAUAUAUAUAUAUAUAUAUAUAUAUAUAUAUAUAUAUAUAUAAAAUAAAAAUAAGCUAAAAAUGUAAGCUAGUUAUUAAGCUAACGACUAUGCUGUGGCAAAAGGGCUUGAAGCCAGACAUAAAAUAAACAUACAUAAAAUAAUCAAGAAUGCAGCAAUUUUUACUUCUAUCUAUAAAAUUUAAGUUGCUUUGAUUUGAAUCAAUUUGCAAUCUAUUUUCAUUAAUACUAUCUACUUACAUGGGGGGUAAAAAUUGGCAUUAGUAAAAUCAUUAGUCGUGAAUUCUACACAAAAACUACUUGUUGUAUACAAACACUCAUUAAUGUGUUGUAAUAUGUUUUUUUACAUUUAUAUAAAGGCUUUAAAUAAAAACAGCUUAUAAAUACUGUGUUACUACAGCAUUGAUAUAUCUACAUGUAUUUUUAUUUCUCUUAGAAAUAUAUUCUAUUUUACUGUGCCAAGAAUGUUCAAUACUCUUUAAAUCUCAUUAAAAAUUGAGACUGAA